AUGGAAGACGGCAACCAACCUCAUGGAGGCUUUUGCACUUUAGACAGAAAUCAUGACAGUUGGGGUGUUUUAUCCAGGGAAACAAACAAUACAUUAAACAGAAUUAGAUGUUUUGGGGAAGGGGCUGGAUGCUUCUGUUACUGCCUAGCCCAGAAGCACCCAGGAGGGGCCCUGGAGGAAGCAAAGGCCCUACUCUCCCAGGCCACGAGUAUAGCCCUGCAGAUAUACACCACUGAAUUGAAGAUACUAGAAUGGGUGUGCUCUGUCGGGUGUGUUUUGCACAAAGGUAUUGUUUUUAAAGCUUGUUCCUUUAAAGCUGUAGCAUCACAUAAAAAGAGUAUCUCUAGCAGCACAAUAUUAUUUUAA